AUGCCCAAUCCCAAAUGGGUUAACACCGAAUACGAUCAGUGCGUUACAAGUGGUGAAAAGGUAUGCACCUACAUCGAGAAUUCCCUGCUGGAACAUGUGGGCGAUCAUCGGCGACAGACUUUGUUCUUCUGCGGUCACAAUGAGUUCCAGUGCACACCCUUUAAUGGCCGUCUGCCCCUUCAAUUGGCCAAAAUGAAUGUGGAACGGGAAUACUCUGUGGUGGGAACUUGGGAGCACACGAAUGAAACCCUGGCUGUUUUAGAGGCCUACGUUCCUCGCUAUUUUGCGGAUGCUUCCAAAAUGUACUACUCGGGUCUGCAUGUCGACAAGCAAAAUGUUAACCCAAUGAAGCCGCAUAUCUCGCAGGAUAUAUUAGAUAGGGUUCGACGGAAUUUCACACGUGAAAUCGAAUUCUAUCAAUUCUGUCGCCAGCGCUUGCACACACAGUACCUAGCCAUCAAACUGAACGAUCUCAAGCGGCUACAGCACCUGAGCACAAAUCGUCUGAACAAUACAAAAAAUGCAGAAAUCGAGGUACUGUUCUUUAAUCGUGCCGCCAAAGUCGGUAGUGAAGCGAUGCUGGAGCUUUUCAUGGCAUUGGAAAAGUACAAUGAUGAUAUUACACUCGAAAAGCAUGGUCUCCAUACAAAGUCCGUUCGUCAAAUGAUUAAAAAGCAGAGACGUGAGUCCGCCGAGUUUGUCGCCGACCUGGAGGACGGUACCAUGUAUAUAGAGCACAUAAAUUGGCUUGAUUUUGAUGAGUUCGACUUACCCAAACCUAUUUACAUCAAUUUGGUUCGCGAUCCCGUUGAGAGGGUUAUUAGUUGGUUCUUCUACGCCCGAAGUUCCUAUAAGAAUGCCAUCGAGUACCGGAAGAGGCCUGAUCAGAAAAUAAAACCCGAGUCUUGGUACAAAAAGAACUUUAAUGAUUGCGUGAGGAGUGGAGAUCCCGAGUGUCAAUAUGUGCCCCAUACGGUCAAGGAUGUGAUUCCCAAUUUUAAAAGGCAAUCAUUGUUUUAUUGCGGACAUCACGAUGAUUGCAUGCCCUUUAACUCGCCGACUGCUGUGCAAAUGGCUAAGGAGCAUGUGGAAAGAGAUUACGCUGUUGUAGGCAGCUGGGAGGACACAAAUAUUACACUAACCGUCCUCGAGAAUUACAUUCCACGAUUUUUUCGCGGGGCUAAGCUCAUGUAUGAAAUGCACAAUAACAAGAUCACCAAUCGGAACAAGAACAAACGUAAACCGUUUAUAGAGCCUGAAGUUAGAUUGAUCCGUAAGAACUUUACUAACGAAUACGAGUUUUACCAUUUCUGCAAGCAACGUUUAUACAAGCAGUAUUUGGCCCUCAAUUUGAAGGAGUUGGAGAAGCAUGGUCUUUUGAACUAGUUGGUUUAAAGUCAGACAUUUAGAUUGUAGUAGGUGAUAUAUAUGCGAACAAAUCUUCACAUUUUAAUAAAUAGUAUUCAGUAAAACCGUAGACUAGACCCACACUUUUUUUACACGUUGAAUCCAUAUCUGUGUCUUAUCGUUUGUUGUGUGGCAUGUGUACCCUUCCCAUGAAGCUUCUAAACCCCUUCUAAACCUGUACCCCAUCCC